AUGUCCGAGCGCCGCGACCUGAUCCAGGCGUUGACCGCGCGUGGCAUCAAGCUGGUGCGCAUCAUCGCCGCCACCGAAGACCCGGCCGACGGCGCCUGUGUGUUCGUCGACGACCGCGAGGCCGCCUACGAAAUCACCGAGCACCUGAUCCAGCUGGGCCACCAGCGCAUCGGCUUCCUCUGGGGCGGCAUCUCGCACCGCUCCUCCGGCGAGCGCUAUGCCGGUUACGAGGCUGCGCUGAAGGACUACGGCAUGACCGUGGACAAGCACCUGGUGGUGCAGGGUGAUUACACCUUCGACGACGGUUUCCGCGGCGCGCGCCGCCUGCUGGCGCUGCGCGAGCCUCCCACCGCCAUCUUCGGCUCCAACGAUGAAAUCGCCGCCGGCGUGCUGGCCGCCGCCAAGUCGGCCGGCAUGAACGUGCCCUAUGACCUGUCCAUCGCCGGGUUCGAGGACAGCCCGUUCUCGCGCCAGUCGUGGCCGCCGCUGACCACCGCCAAGCAGGCCACCGAGGGACAUCGCCCGCCACGCCGCACGCCUGCUGAUCGCGCAGCUGCGCAGCGACGCCUACGACGACGCGCCGGCACCGCUGCACAACCAGGGCUUCGUGCCACAACUGGUGGGUGCGCGGUUCUACGGCGCCGAUGCGCCCGGCCGGCGCACGCCCCCUUCCUUCCGAUCCUGCCUGAGCCUGCCAUGUCGCUGUCAGACCCCACUUCCACCCUGAUGUUCGCCGAGGCCGCUGAAGCAGCCGACGUGGUCGCCCGCCAGUUCUCGCGCAACCACGCCACCAUGGAAACCCUGGCCGCCAGCCUGCGCGCGGCGCCGCCGCCGUUCGUGGUCACCUGCGCGCGUGGCAGCUCCGACCACGCCGCCACCUACGGCAAAUACCUGCUGGAAACCCAGCUGGGCCUGGUGGUGGCCUCGGCCUCGCCGUCGGUGGGCUCGGUGUACGCCGCACCGCUGCAACUGCGUGGCGCACUGUUCAUCGUCAUCUCGCAGUCGGGCAAGAGCCCGGACCUGUUGCGCAAUGCGGAAGCCGCCAAGGCGGCCGGUGCGCGCGUGAUCGCGCUGGUCAACGUCGAGGAUUCACCGCUGGCGCAGCUGGCCGACACGGUCAUUCCGCUGCAUGCCGGUGCCGAGAAGAGCGUGGCGGCCACCAAGAGCUACCUGGCUUCGCUGGCUGCGCUGCUGCAGCUGGCCGCGUACUGGAAGCAGGACAGCAACCUGCGUGCCGCACUGGACCUGUUGCCGGAUGCGAUGCGUGCGGCCUGGCAGUGCGACUGGAGCGCGGUGACCGACGGCCUGGUCGAGGCCACCAACCUGUUCGUGCUCGGCCGCGGCCUGGGCCUGGGCGCAGCGCAGGAAGCCGCGCUGAAGUUCAAGGAAACCUGCAGCCUGCAUGCCGAGGCCUACAGCUCGGCCGAGGUCAAGCAUGGCCCGAUGGCGCUGGUCGAUCGUGGCUUCCCGGUGCUUGCCUUCGCACAGCCGGACGAGACCGGUGCCGGCACCCGCGCAGUGGUCGAUGAAUUCACCGCGCGCGGUGCACAGGUAUGGCUGGCCGGUGCUGGCGGCAACCUGCCGGUCGCGGCCGCGCCGCAUCCGUUGUGCGCGCCGCUGCUGACCGUGCAGAGCUUCUACCGCGCGAUCAACGCGCUGGCGCUGCGCCGUGGCUUCAACCCGGAUCUGCCGCCGCACCUGAACAAGGUCACGGAGACGGACGGCCGCAUCAGUGCGCUGCUGCCCGAUGCCGCGCCGCAGAUCGGCCAGGCCGCCGAGCAGGUGGACCUGGGAGGCGGCUGGCUGCUGCCCGGCUUCAUCGACGUGCAGGUCAACGGCGGCGGCGGUGCGCUGUUCAACAACACGCCGGACGUUGCGUCGCUGCGCACCAUCGCGCAGGCGCACCGCCGUUUCGGCACCACCGCGAUGCUGCCGACGCUGAUCAGCGACGACGUGGGCGUGAUGCGCGAGGCCAUCGGUGCGAUGCGCGAGGCCAUCGCACAGGGCGUGCCGGGCGUGAUCGGCAUCCAUCUGGAAGGCCCCUACAUCGCACCUGCGCGCAAGGGCACCCACGAUGCCAGCAAGUUCCGCGUGCCGGACGAGGAUGAGAUCGCGCUGGCCGCGUCGCUCGACAACGGCGUGACCCUGCUGACGCUGGCGCCGGAACGCGUGCCGCUGGAGACCAUCCGUGCGCUGGUCGAGCGAGGCGUGAUCGUCGCCGCUGGGCAUACCGCAGGCACCUACGAAGAGAUCCGUGCGGGCCUGGAUGCCGGCGUGCGUGGCUUCACCCAUCUGUACAACGCGAUGUCGCCAUUGCAGGGCCGCGAACCCGGCGCAGUGGGCGCCGCGCUGGAAGACCGCGACAGCUGGAUCGGCAUCAUCGUCGAUGGCGUGCAUGUGCAUCCGGCCAGCCUGCGCGUGGCCCUGGCGGCCAAGCCGCGUGGCCGCCUGCUGCUUGUGACCGAUGCAAUGCCGCCGGUCGGUGCCGAUGACCCGAGCUAUGUGCUGUACGGCGAAACCAUCACGGCCAUCGACGGCGUGGUCCGCAACGCCGCAGGUGCACUGGCCGGUUCGGCGCUGGACAUGGCCACCGCCGUGCGCAACACGGUGCAGCUGCUCGGCCAGCCGCUGGCCGAAGCCGCACGCAUGGCCUCGACCUACCCGGCGCAGUUCCUCAAUGUCGAUGACCGCCUCGGCCACAUCGCAGAGGGCUACCAGGCCGACCUGGUGCUGUUGGAUGACGCCCUGCAGGUGCGCGGCACCUGGAUCGCCGGACAGUACGAGGCCGCCUGA